ACAACAAAGAAUAUCGUUUACAUGUAGCGCGUCAGUUCUGCAUGUUAUGAAAGACUCUCUUGCUCUGUGUCUUUCUUUGCGUGCGUGUAUGUGAGAGAAAGCGACGGCGAGUCGUGCGCCUUCACACUAGAGUUUAUGGGUUUAAUGGCUAUCAGUUGUCUAUAUUCCCCUGCUCCCCAUCUUGGAUGGCCUGAGGUGGGAGGAGCCAUGUGUAUAAAUAUAAGAGGUACAGUAUAAACAACACACAGCACAGCCAGCAGCAAAACAAUCCAACCAGCAAGAUGGUUCCAGUGUUGAUGUUACUCAUGGUAGCUCUUGUAGCUGCAGAAUCUGAUAGUGCCUCUGUUUCUGUGGUUCACUGUGAUACCUCUUCUUAUUGUCCUGAUGGCACAACGUGUUGUCUGAAUGCUUAUGGGUCCUGGGGCUGCUGUCCAUACCCAAUGGGCCAGUGCUGCAGAGAUGGACUCCAUUGCUGCCCUCAUGGUCAUUUGUGUGAUUCAACAUCAUCCUAUUGUCAGGGUGGGUGGCUGAGACUGCCAUCUUCUCCCAGACUGGCCUUAAAAGCUAUCCAAAAAACUCAGUCAGUGUCCGUUGACCAGGCUCUCAAUUGGCAGAGCCAGACUGAGAAGGUUCAUUGUGAUGGAAAUGUCUACUGCCCAACUGAGCAGUUCUGCUGCAAGACAUCAGCUGGCCAGUGGGGGUGCUGCAGUGGUUUGGUGUUGUAAAUAAACAACCCCCAUAACCUGAAUGAACCUCUCAUCAAAAACUGCCAAAGUGCAAGAGGCUUUCAAAUGUCAGUUACUGGAAAUAUAUAAAUCCCACAUCCAAGCUGAAUUAAUGCAAAAUAAAAAUUGGAAAAAUUAUAGUUUAAUUACAAUAAAUUGCAUAGUCAUUCAAUACAUGGUUUGUUUUUGAGAAAGUCUUACUAUUUUUAAUCAUCCAUCCAUCGUAUUGUUCAUGAAUGAAUAAGUUUAUAAAUGAAUCUUUUGAAAUGAACAACUUGUUUUCUUUCACUUCAUUGUGACUAACUCAAAUUUUAAUUAAACUAACUAAUCAUU